AUGCUCUUCCGCUUGCCAAACUCCCCGACCGAUGCCCCGUUCCUUACGGAGGAAGAGAGAAUGAUUGCGACCGAGAGACUAAAGGCCAAUAAUACUGGCUUCAAAAACACACAUAUCGACAAAAGUCAAAUUGUGGAGGUUUUUCAGGAUCCAAAAACCUUGCUCCUGGCGAUCAUGGUCCUGACGGCUAACAUCCCGAAUGGGGGAUAUACCACCUUCAAUGGACUUGUUCUAAAGGGAUUUGGCUUCGAUACUCGCCAUACCUUGCUACUGGGCUUGCCAGGCGGUUUCAUCGUCUUCCUUUUUGUGUUGAGCGGUAUUAUUGGAAGCGUACUUGUCUAUGUUUGCAAAUCUGUCGGGGCUCGUUAUGCUGGCCUGAUCCUUAUGGGGAUUUACUCGACCGCCAUGCCAAUUUCGAUGACAAUCAUAAGCUCCAAUGUUGGUGGCUUUACCAAGAAGGCUACUGUCGGUGCGGUCUUCUUCAUUCUGUACUGCGUCGGCAACAUAAUUGGCCCACAGCUAUUUUUUGAGAAUGAGGCCCCCAGGUAUCAGAGUGGAUUCUUAGCUAUAAUUAUCUGUCUUUCGAUCAAUGUCGUCGACAGUGGAGCCCUCAUGUAUUACCUUCGUUGGGAAAACACGCAGAGGGAUAGAAGGGACUCGGCCUCUGCGUCAGACAGCUCUCCUGGAAAGCAGUUUGGCACCACGCCAGAACAAUUGUCGGACAUUACUGAUUUGAAGAACGAUAAAUUUCGAUAUGUCUACUAG